AUGGCUUCCUCUGCUGCAUCAACUUCUGCGAUCACGUCCACCCUUUCACCUAUAAUGGCCACUGCAACAUCCACCCAAACCGCUCAUCUACUAACGACCAAUGCUACGGUUUGCAUUGUAAAAGAUGGGGAUGAUACCUUCAUUCCUAUUCCAGGCAUGGAAGAGGCGAGUCUCAAGAUUUUCGAGUCUCAAGAUUUUCCAGUCUCAGGUAGGUUUAGUGUCGCAUUUGAUCCCCUUGAUGGGUCCAACAUUGUGGACACAAACUUCACAGUAGGCACCAUCUUUGGCGUGUGGCUUGGAGAUAAGUUGACUAGGAUCACAGGAAGAAAUCAAGUUGUUGCAGCCAAGGGAUUUUGGGUCCUAGAACCAUGUAUGUGCUUGCUCUUAAGGACUUCCCGGACACCCAUGAAUUUCUUCUACUUGAUGAAGGUCAGGUUUAUGCCGUAA